AGUACUGUAUACAGACUCGUUUCUUUCCCCUUACUCGAUUUAACACUGAAAUGGUUUUUGAACUUCUUUGUUCAUUCUGGAAAACCUACAAGUUAAUAGCAAAUGAUUGAUAUGAUAUAGGCCGUCAAUGCGUUGAAACAUCAUUUACAAUAAAAAGUUACAGACUUUGACGAAUUAUCUUCAUACAGUAGUGGAUUUAUUGUCAAUGAGAUUUAUAACCAUCCACAGACCAAAUGACAAGAAUGUUAUUUGACAGUUAACAACUACAAGCCUCUGUAUACAGCCUUCAGCAAUUAUCAAAACCCAUACUGUUUAGUCAUGAUAGUUAGAUAUGUUCCUUGGUGCAGCUUUAUUGAUGAAUGUUGCUGCUCUAACAAACUUUUUGACUGAUGUAUUACCACCGAGACCAUAUGAUCCUCCUGGAAUAUUUGAUAGACCUCUGAAGCGGUAUUAUGAUUAUAUUAUCGUGGGAGCUGGAUCGGCAGGUGCGGUAGUGGCGUCACGGCUGUCAGAAGAACCAGUCUCUGUUCUCCUUCUUGAAGCCGGUGCAUCCGAACUAGAUACAGAAUUCACAAUCGUUCCAGGUCAUUAUGGCAGAUUGUUUGGAACAGACGCUGACUGGCAAAUCAAAACUGUACCGCAAAGAUACUCACAUUUUGCGCGAAUAGACAAGGUUUCAUCUUUCCCAAGAGGUAAAUUGCUUGGAGGAUCAAGUAGUCUGAAUGGAAUGGUGUUUGUCAGAGGAAGUCGGCAUGAUUUUGAUGAAUGGGAAAGUCAGGGAUGUACAGGAUGGAGUUACAAGGACGUUCUUCCUUUCUUUAAAAAGAUGGAGAAAAUGAAAAUUCCACAACUCGAAAACUCAAAGUAUCAUGGAAGAAAAGGACCAAUCACAAUCACGCAUAAACGUGCCUCAAUUCUAGAAUUUUUCCAUCAACAAGCAGCUGGCGAAAUUGGUUUUCAAACUACCGACUGUAAUGGAUGCAACCAAAUAGGGUUUUGCCCGGUGCAACACACCAUCGAUAAUGGCGAGCGUUGUAGUUCUGCAUCAUGUUAUCUGCGACCAGUCAUACGUAGAAGUAAUUUACAAGUCAGCAUAAAUAGUCAUGUAUCAAAGAUAUUAUUUCGAAAUAAAACAGCGAUAGGCGUCGAGAUUAUAAAGUUUGGACGGAGAACUAAGAUCUACGCUAGACGGGAAGUAAUAUUAUCAGCUGGUACAUUUGGUUCACCACAUAUUCUACUUUUGUCCAGAAUAGGACCACGAGAUCAUCUUCAACAUCUAAAGAUCCCAGUGCGAGCAAACUUGCCUGUUGGUGAGAACUACCAAGAUCAAAAUUCCUUGAUUUUAACAUACUCGAUUAACACAACACUUACUUCAAAUAGUAACAAGGAUGACAUUGAAGAUAAAUUGGAAUAUAUACUCCAUAGGAGAGGACGAUACAGUUCAACAAUUGAUGGACAUGUGUUUUCAAAGAUUCCUAUUAAAGGCCCAACGAAAGCCUACCCAGAUAUACAGAUUGAGUUUCUUAGAAGUCCAGCAGACAUUGGCGGAAACCAAGGUGCUUUAAUAAACGAGAUAAGACGUGAGCUUGAACCUAGAAAACCUGAGUAUGGAUUUUCAAUAAUUUUAUUCUCCCUACAUCCAGAGAGUACAGGGUUUCUAAAGCUAAGGAGUAGGAACCCAAUGGUGCCACCGAUGAUAAAUCCAAAUACAUUCUCUAAACCUGAUGAUGUACCAAAGUUAAUUUCAGGAAUCCGUCUCGUGCGAAGUUUUGAAAAAACCAAAGCAUGGAAAAGUCUUGAUGCAAGGUUUAUUCGGAUGGGUACCACAAACCAUUGUGAUAAGCUACCAUUUAACACAGAUGCUCAUUGGGACUGUAUUAUCAGACAUUUUGCAGACAGCGGUUGGCAUCAAACCAGUACUUGUAGAAUGGGUGCAAAGUCGGACCCAACCACUGUGGUUGAUCCUUAUUUACGAGUUAAAGGAAUAAGAAAUUUGAGAGUGGUUGAUGCAUCAGUGAUGAGAAAUCUUCCAUCUGGCAACACACAUGCUCCAACUGUGAUGAUUGCUGAAAAGGCAGCAGAUCUUAUUAAACGAGCACGAAAAUGUUAAAUAAAAAACAUACAUGUU